AUGAGUGCUUUCAAAAAGCACAACAGCCUCUCUCCCAGGACCUUCAGAAGAUCAUUGUCAGAACAAGAUGCUGGUACUGCUGCCUUGAAGGACUACCAUUGGUACCACCAAAUGAAAAGCAAGAAGAUGAAUAAACAAAUGAGUUCUGACCCAGAGAAGCCACUCGGAGAGUACAGGUGGCAGACACAUCCUCGGCUUCCCUGGAGGAUAAGCAAAAGAGAGCACUUGUGCAGCCUGAAAGGGGAAUGCAGUGAUGCAGGUCUUGCCAAGAGUUCUGCAAGCGUGGGUGCUACCAGUGCUGAUGAUCUCCACGAAGACCCAACAGAGACACCUUUCCAGGCAAGGACUAGACCAUUUCGGGUUCCCUUCAACCGCUCUCUGUCUGAACCCGUGCCACACGUUGGGAACAGGAGUGCAAAGCCAUUUUUGCAAGCUGUGCAUUCAGUGGACUCUGAACACCAGGGCUAUUUCAUCCGUGGCAUUUUCUCCUCUCUCUCAAGUGGCUUUUCAAAGAUCAUAAGUCGAAAAGGGGAGCCUGGCAGCGAGUCAGUAAAUGAAGAGAAGACAGACAGUAAUCAGAUUGCUUUGGAUACAGAUGUGAAAGGUCCACCUACACACAGACUGUCCUGCGGCCAGUCCCCCUACACCGAAACAACAACAUGGGAGAGGAAAUACUGCAUCCUGACAGACAGCCAGCUGGUGCUGCUCAACAGGGAGAAAGAGGUGCCCAUCGAUGGGGUCCAGGAUCCACCGGUGGAUGCUACCAAAGGGCGAUGCCUGCGGCGGACGGUGAGCGUCCCCUCCGAGGGCCAGUUCCCCGAGUACCCACCAGAGGGGGCCGCCAAGCUAGAGGUCCCAGCAGAGAGAUCUCCUCGCAGACGGAGCAUCUCCGGGACCAGCACCUCUGAGAAAACCAACUCCAUGGAUGCUUCGAAUACUUCUCCUUUCAAAGUGCCAGGCUUCUUCAGCAAACGCCUGAAAGGGUCCAUCAAGAGGACAAAGAGUCAGUCAAAGCUGGACAGGAACACCAGUUUCCGUCUCCCGUCUCUCCGCAGUGCCGAUGACAGGUCACGUGGAUUGCCAAAGCUGAAAGAGUCCCGUUCCCAUGAGUCUUUACUGAGCCCAGGCAGCGCCGUGGAGGCUCUGGAUCUUGGGUCAGAAGAAAACGUCUUUGUCAAACCACUUCACAGCAGUAUCCUUGGACAAGACUUCUGCUUUGAGGUAACCUACUCCAGCGGCAGUAAAUGCUUCAGUUGUUCCUCUGCAGCAGAGAGGGACAAGUGGAUGGAAAACCUACGCAGAACAGUGCAGCCCAAUAAGGACAACUGCCAUCGCGCUGAAAAUGUACUCCGUCUCUGGAUCAUUGAGGCAAAGGACCUGGCCCCCAAGAAGAAAUACUUCUGUGAGCUGUGCCUUGAUGACACUCUCUUUGCCCGCACCACCAGCAAAACAAAAGCGGACAACAUUUUCUGGGGAGAGCACUUUGAGUUCUACGGUCUCCCACCUCUUCACAGCAUCACCGUUCACAUCUACAAGGAUGUGGAGAAGAAGAAGAAAAAGGACAAGAACAAUUACGUAGGCCUGGUCAACAUUCCCAUGGCCAGCGUAACUGGUCGCCAGUUUGUGGAAAAAUGGUACCCAGUCAGCACCCCUACACCCAACAAAGGGAAAACGGGGGGACCUUCCAUCCGGAUCAAGUCCCGUUAUCAGACCAUCACCAUCUUGCCCAUGGAGCAAUAUAAAGAAUUCGCAGAGUUUGUUACCAGCAACUACACUAUGCUGUGCUCUGUGCUGGAACCUGUGAUCAGCGUGAGGAAUAAGGAGGAGAUGGCUUGUGCUUUGGUGCAUAUUCUUCAGAGCACGGGGAGAGCUAAGGACUUCCUGACUGAUUUGGUGAUGUCUGAGGUAGAUCGUUGUGGGGAACAUGAUGUCUUGAUCUUCAGGGAGAACACACUUGCUACCAAAGCUAUUGAGGAAUACCUAAAGUUGGUAGGGCAGAAGUAUCUUCACGAUGCACUAGGGGAGUUUAUCAAGGCUUUGUAUGAGUCAGAUGAAAACUGUGAAGUGGAUCCCAGCAAAUGUUCAUCCAGUGAAUUAACAGAUCAUCAGAGCAACCUGAAAAUGUGUUGUGAGCUGGCCUUCUGCAAGAUUAUCAAUUCUUACUGCGUGUUCCCUCGUGAGCUGAAGGAGGUGUUUGCAUCUUGGAAGCAGCAGUGCCUGAGCAGGGGCAAGCAGGACAUCAGUGAACGCCUGAUCAGUGCCUCCCUCUUCCUCCGCUUCCUGUGCCCCGCUAUCAUGUCCCCCAGCCUCUUUAGCCUGAUGCAGGAGUAUCCUGACGACCGGACAUCUCGCACACUCACACUUAUCGCUAAAGUCAUUCAGAAUCUCGCCAAUUUUGCUAAGUUUGGUAAUAAGGAGGAGUAUAUGGCCUUCAUGAAUGACUUUUUGGAACACGAGUGGGGAGGAAUGAAGCGUUUUCUUCUGGAGAUCUCUAAUCCAGAUACCAUCUCAAACAUGCCCGGAUUUGAGGGCUACAUCGACCUGGGCAGAGAGCUCUCGGUUUUGCAUUCCCUCUUAUGGGAGGUUGUGUCCCAACUUGAUAAGGGUGAAAAUUCCUUCCUACAGGCGACUGUGGCAAAACUGGGACCUCUUCCUCGUAUUCUUGCCGAUAUCACCAAAUCAAUGACCAACCCUACACCGAUACAGCAGCAGCUGAGGCGUUUCACUGAGCACAGCUCUACUCCAAACGUCAGUGGCAGUCUCUCCUCAGGGCUUCAGAAGAUAUUUGAGGACCCCACUGAUGGUGACUUGCAUAAGCUGAAGUCUCCAGCCCAGGAAAAUGUGGACGGAUAUUUUAGGGGCAAGACCUUACUGUUGGUUCAGCAGGCAUCCACCCAGAGCAUGACUUACUCAGAUAAGGAUGAAAGGGAAAGUGUCUUGCCCAAUGGACGUAGCAUUUCUCUGAUGGACCUCCAGGAUCCUCACACGGCUCACAGUGACCAUGCUUCUGUUAUGCACGAUGUGCCUUUGCGCUUGGCCGGCAGCCAGCUCUCUAUCACCCAAGUAGCAAACAUCAAACAGCUGUGGGAAACUCAGAGCACACCCCAGAGCGCUCCCCAGGUGAGAAGGCCUCUGCACCCAGCUUUGAACCAACAGGGCAGCCUCCAGCCUCUGUCUUUCCAGAACCCAGUUUACCAUCUCAACAACCCAACCCCUCCGAUGCCGAAAGCUUCCGUGGACUCCAGCCUGGAGAACCUGAGCACCGCCAGCUCCCGGAGCCGAAGCAACAGCGAAGACUUUAAACUUAGUGGACCCAGCAACAGCAGCAUGGAGGACUUCACCAAGCGUAGCACGCAGAGUGAGGACUUCUCCCGGCGCCACACGGUCCCAGACAAACACGUCCCCAUCGCCCUGCCCCGCCAGAACAGCAGCAGCCAAGCGCAGAUCCGCAAAAUGGACCAAGCCGGGCUGGGUGCCCGGGCCAAGGCGCCGCAGUCCCUGCCGCACAGCGCUUCCCUGCGCAGCACGGGCAGCGUCUCGGGCAUCUCGGGGGCCAUGGUCACCGAGCCCAUGCAGAACGGGAGCCGAUCCCGCCAGCAGUCCUCCUCCUCCAGAGAGAGCCCUGUCCCAAAGGUCAGGGCAAUUCAGCGGCAACAAACGCAGCAGGUUCAGUCGCCCGUGGACUCUGCCACAAUGUCACCAGUGGAAAGGACAGCUGCGUGGGUCCUCAAUAAUGGACAGUAUGAAGAAGUGGAGGAGGACGCAGAGCAGAAUCCAGAUGAAGUCAAGCAUGCUGAGAAGUACGAACAGGAGAUAGCGAAGCUGAAGGAGCGCCUGAAGGUGUCAAGUCGCCGGCUGGAGGAGUACGAGCGGCGGCUCCUGGUGCAAGAGCAGCAAAUGCAGAAGCUGCUGAUGGAGUACAAAUCUAGGCUGGAAGACAGUGAGGAGAGACUGCGCAGACAACAGGAGGAGAAGGACAGCCAGAUGAAAAGUAUCAUCAGCAGACUCAUGGCAGUUGAAGAGGAGUUGAAGAAAGAUCAUGCAGAGAUGCAAGCUGUCAUCGAUGCAAAGCAGAAAAUUAUUGAUGCACAGGAGAAGCGGAUCGUGUCCCUGGACUCUGCCAACACGCGGCUGAUGAGUGCCCUGACCCAGGUGAAGGAGCGCUACAGCAUGCAAGUCCGCAAUGGCAUCUCCCCCACCAAUCCCACCAAGCUUUCCAUCACGGAGAAUGGUGAAUUCAAAAACAGCAGCUGCUAA